CCUCAUAAAUAUCCACCGUCACCACUCCCUCCUUUACCAUCUCUCUCUCUCUCUCUCUCUCUCUCUCUCUCUCUCUCUCUCCCCUUCGUACUCUUUACAGCCAUUUGUGCAUUGUUAUCUGUUAGAGAGAGAGAAAUCGCGCGCUUAUCGAAGGAUUCUCUCUCGGAGAGAAAAGCGUUCUGAGCCGAUUUUCGUUUUCUCGUGGGGAGAAAAAAUGGCGAACGGAGCUGGUAGAGUGGAUCUGGACGGCAGACCGAUAAAGCCGAUCACGAUAUGUAUGAUCGGUGCCGGAGGUUUCAUCGGCUCGCAUCUCUGUGAAAAGCUGAUGACGGAGACGCCGCACUCGGUGAUUGCGCUCGACGUUUACAACGAUAAGAUCAAGCACUUGCUCGAGCCUGAUACCGUUGAGUGGGCAGGUCGGAUCCAGUUUCAUCGCAUCAACAUCAAGCAUGAUUCGAGGCUCGAAGGACUUAUCAAGAUGGCGGAUCUGACUAUAAAUCUUGCUGCGAUCUGUACUCCAGCCGAUUACAAUACGCGUCCUCUUGAUACUAUCUACAGCAAUUUCAUUGACGCACUCCCAGUUGUUAAAUACUGCUCUGAGAACAACAAGCGUCUCAUUCACUUUUCGACCUGUGAAGUGUAUGGAAAAACUAUUGGAAGCUAUCUUCCCAAGGAUCAUCCUCUACGUGAGGAUCCUUCUUUCUAUGUUCUUAAAGAAGAUAUUUCCCCUUGCAUAUUUGGUUCAAUUGAGAAGCAAAGGUGGUCAUAUGCUUGUGCUAAGCAACUUAUUGAGAGACUCGUUUAUGCUGAGGGUGCUGAGAAUGGACUUGAGUUCACAAUCGUAAGACCUUUUAACUGGAUUGGACCUAGGAUGGAUUUCAUCCCCGGCAUUGAUGGUCCUAGCGAAGGUGUCCCUCGUGUUCUCGCCUGCUUUAGCAAUAAUCUUCUACGCCGUGAGCCUCUCAAGCUCGUGGAUGGUGGAGAAUCGCAGAGAACAUUCAUCUACAUCAAGGAUGCUAUCGAAGCUGUCCUUUUGAUGAUUGAAAACCCAGAGAGAGCAAAUGGCCAUAUCUUCAACGUAGGCAACCCGAACAACGAAGUUACAGUACGACAGCUUGCUGAAAUGAUGACAGAGGUAUACGCAAAAGUGAGUGGAGAAGGAGCUAUUGAGAGCCCAACGGUUGAUGUUAGCUCAAAAGAGUUUUACGGGGAAGGUUAUGAUGAUAGUGACAAGAGAAUCCCAGACAUGACCAUCAUUAACCGCCAACUCGGAUGGAACCCGAAGACAUCUCUCUGGGACUUGCUUGAAUCGACCUUAACCUAUCAGCACAGGACUUACGCAGAAGCUGUGAAGAAAGCAACAUCUAAACCAGUGGCUUCAUAAAGCUUCCGAAGUACCCCAGUUUGUCAACAAAAACACUGGUUAAAGUCACAUUAUUUGGCAUUUUAACUUUACUCGAUUCUUUUCGUUUUUUUUUUCUUUUUGUUACAUCGCAGAGUAAAACUUUUGUGUUUUUGUUUUAUCAUUUAAAUUUCGAUUCUUGCUUUUCUACGAAAACAGUAUAAGCACGGUGAUUCGUUCAAAGUAAUCGUCUAUAUUUUGUUAUAAGUUUUUCUCUCCUUGAUUCGUUUCUUUAGCCAUCUGUAUGCUGGGGCGGAUGCACAUACACAGUUUGGUGGCACCUGCCCGUACUGAAUUUUUUUUUGGUAGUAGUUAUAUAUAUAGACUG